CUUAUCAUUGACAAAUUAAUCAACUACGUUAAGUUAAAUAUAGUAAUCUAACAUUUCCUUCCAUUCGCACGGUAUUGUUUAGCUUAAUCCACAAACAACAGCAAAACAAACAGAAGGGGAAGAAAGGAUGAUAACAUGUUCGGACUGUGUUGAUAAAUUCAAACGGUGAAUAUCUACUUUAAAAUACUUUACAUUUGCCAGCCAACAGUUUGUGACUUGAUGACAAGAUGGGAACCAAUGUUCUUUAUGCCGCAUUCCUCCUCAUUUGUUUAGUAGAUGCCAGAUCUACUAACCCUCACGCCAGCUUUAGUAACCCUCCCGCCAGCUCUAGUAACCCUCCCGCCAGCUCUACUGACCUACCCGCCGCAUGUAAGCCACUACCGUCGCCAGACCAUGGCACUACAGUGUGUAAUGACCUUGGGUAUCUCUUGGUUUGUACAGCCUCCUGUGACAACGGUUUUGAAUUUGAAUCUCUGUCCCCUGUCGAGCGCCGAUAUUGUUCGUCCUACACCAGCACAUGGCUGAACGGCGACGCCUUCCCUUCUUGCAGAGUGCACAAACCUGAAACAGAUGGUUGCCAAUCAGUAACUCCACCGAUUAAUGGUGUGGUGAGGUGUGAGAGGUCCGCCUCUGAAUUAAUAUGUUCUGCACAGUGUAACUCGGGCUUCAUCUUUGAAAAUCAUCACACCCUCAUCCAGAGAGUUUGUGAUACCUUUGAUGGUGUGUGGUAUAACGGGAAAGAUUUCCCAAAAUGUGUCAUUGACCGUGGGGAUUGCCAGCCAUCUCAUGCACCCCCGUUUGGUAUAGUAAGCUGCAACACUGUCAACCUCAAAGUAAUAUGUACCUCUGUUUGCCAACAAGGUUAUGGGUUUAAAACAGGGGAAAACUCGGUUCAGCGUACUUGUGAUCUCAACACUGGACUGUGGCAAGAUGGUUCAAAGGAUUUCCCAGCGUGUCAAAAGGCAGCAACAACUAAAAUCUGUCAAGAAAUAACGGGCGACUCUAAUACGCAGAUCCUAUGUGAUGACAAUGGCUCGGAGCUCAUAUGCACUGCUACGUGUGUCAAUGGAACUGUCUUUGAAAACAAAGACUUGGUGAUUAAAAGGGUGUGUGACCAGUUUGAUGGUACAUGGUUCAACGGAAACAAAAUCCCGAGCUGUAUCGUGCCAUGUGAACAACCUAUCAUUUCCAACAACAAGGGUAUCACCAACAGUGACUUCACCGCCUCCUCUUCGUUCGACUUGUUCCCGGCCGUGUACUUUGGUGCUGACAGGGCUAGAAUAAAUUCGACAGCUGGUAAAUUACACCUGGCAGGGGGCUGGCGUCCUUCAGUGGACAACCUAGACCAAUACAUCCAGAUUGACCUUAAAAAUCUCAGUAGAGUAAAUGGUAUCGUGACAAAAGGGAGGAACGUAGUUGACGGAAAUUCUUCAAAUGAUUUUACUACAAGAUUCCGUAUCCUGUACAGCACAGAUGGUAUACACUUUGUAUCCUAUGGAGAUGACACGGUGUCAGAUAAGUUUUUUGCCGGAAAUUCAGACAGAGACACACCUGUAACUAACAUGUUCACCUGUCCGUUUGACGCUCUAUACGUCAGAAUCAAUCCGCUGGAGUGGAAUUCUCAUAUUGGUCUAAGGUUUGAACUUCUUGGCUGUGAUUCAUCAACAGUCUCCCUGUUGUCUACAAAGGCACCAUCUCAUACGAUCACAACUGCUCCUAGUCCUCCACAAGUAGAGUGCACGUCGCCAUUACCACCACAGAAUGGAAUCAUGACAUGCGUCAAAGCAGAAAAUGAAUUAGUGUGUUCAGGGUUGUGCAACAGUGGAUUUGCCUUCCAGUCCAACAAAACUGUGGAGAAAUUGACAUGCAAUUUACAGUCUGGUGAUUGGCUGCUGGGAAAACAAUUUCCGAAAUGUCAAGUGACAACGACUGUGUCGGGAGGAUCGCACAAUCAUUCAACGCACACCCACCCCUCUCAUACAUGCAUUGCAAAGAGUCUGGAUUGUAAACAUCUCUCAAAUGGAGACUACCAAACAUGUGGAGACUGUCACUUUUUUGCAAGCUGUUCAGAGGGUUACGUCUAUGUCCGCCCCUGUCCGGUGUAUCUUGUGUUUGACUCUCUAGUACGUCAGUGUAUGUAUACAUCCCAGACAUGCGCACAUUCAAAACCAAGCAGUUCAGUAUUCGGAAGAUGAGAUCUAAUGUACUAGUUGCUGGAAGUUAUUCAUAGUGUAUUGCAUUUUCAAUUGUAUAUAGUUAAUGAGCGCAUUACUUCCUUGAGCUCAUAAACGCACACAAAUCAAUUUCAUUUUCAAAGAAUUAAAUAGUAGUUGAGCCCAGA